AUGGCGUCUCACCAGCAGACCAGGAUCCAAGCCUACCUGGAGAAGAAUAAGAUCGGUCCCCUGUUCGAGGAGUUGAUGACCAAGCUGAUAACAGAGACACCUGACCAACCAAUCCCAUUUCUAAUUGAUCAUCUUCAGUCCAAACAGGGGAACCACAGUCAACUUCAGAGAACGUUGUCUGGUUCAGCUGCCCUUUGGGCAGAGAGUGAAACACCAGAAAAUAAAGGAACAAGGAGAGAUUUUAGAAGUUAUGAUAAACCUUGGCAGGUAAAUGCAAAAAAGCCUAAAAAGUCAAAGAGCGACCUUGCUGUAUCCAACAUUUCUCCACCGUCACCGGAGUCCAAGUCAUUGCCAAGGUCAAUAGAGCAUCCUAAAUGGGAUUGGAGGACAAAACCGGAGAACCAUGAUUUUGAUGAACUAAAUCAUAUUCUUCAGGAGAGCAAAAAACUUGGAAAAGCCCUUGAGAAUCUGUCUCGCAGCAUUGCUAUUUCUGAUGAAAUUGAUAAGGACACAACAGGUUUUAACACUCCCCUUCUCAGACCUCGUGUGAUUGGAGAAUGGAUUGGCCGUGAAGAGAAUGAUGCAGACCCACUGGCUGCUGAAAUGCUGCAGCCACCAAUACCAAGAAAUAAAAAUGAGCAGUGGGACAGUGAGGAUAGCAGCAGCCCUGGAGGAAGCUUAAAAAUGGAGCCAAAGACCAAAGGACUUAAACAACAACAGCAGCAACAUAAGAAACUGCUGGCUGCCAUGCUUUCUCAGGACUCCUUUGAUUCUGCUCAAAGCACAGCUCCAUCUGUAACUGAAGAAGAUAUUGAUAAUGAAGAUGAUGCAAUGGAACUGCUGGAGGAUCUUGAUGAUCUAAGAAUGGAAGGAGUAACAAGUGUGAUGUCUUCUGGGAGCAAAUUCAAUCAAACUCGAAGUGUUCAUACAGCUGAGCCUCAAGCAAAAGUCACAUUGAAUAUCUGUGCAAGAUGUGCCAGAUUGCAAGGAGAUAAUUUAGCAGAAAGGCCAGAAGAUGUCUCCAUGGUAUCUCAAACAUCUGAGCCAGCAGUGUUAGACUCUGAUGCUCAAGCACCCGAGGUUGAAACAUUUACAGAAGAUAUUGAUGAAUUUCAGAGUGCCUCUCAAGUCACAGGUUCUUCUCAGAUGGUUUGGACUCUGGAUGCCAUAGGUGUCAGACCUGGAGGUUCCCCAAGACAGAAACUCUUAAAGGACUCUUUAGCAGCAAAAGAACUUCAGACUAUGGAGAAACACUUAGCUGACAUUGAGAAAGAUCUAGCACUGUGGGAAGAAGCAAGGGUCUCGAGAAGCCCUAGUAUCCAACAUCACAGUUUAGUUUCAGCUGACCAUCAAGGAAAUCUUCAAGCUACACAGGCUCAAAACCUGAGGCCUCAGGUGUCAACUAAGAUGGGGAAGAAUAUUCAGCUCCAAGGAAACAAAUCACCACCACUGCCCACUAACAGCAGAACACAGGUCUCUAGUGUUGCAAACAGUAGGCCUUCAACGCCCAAUACACAAACCAACAGGCCACCAACUCCAUCAACUCCGGGGAGCAGACCUGUGACCCCAAAUAGCUUGCUGUCACGGCCUCUUACUCCUAGCAACCAAGGAAAUAGGGAAGGCAUCAUUAGCAUGCAAAGAAGCAGAUCUUUGACAUCUAAGAGCCAAAUGGGGAGGACCCUCAGCGCUGCUUCAGGGCUUUCUGUGCAAAUGAGUGGAGACAUUGUUGGAACUGUCACUACUCAGAGAAGCAGUUUAUCAGAAGAUGAAUUCUUACAACAGCUUCAGCUUGCUCAUGAACCUUGGAUAUUGCCGAGUGACACAGAAAGUGAAGGAGUGGAAGCUGACCAAGACAAAUGUUUGUGAAAUCAGUGGGAUUGUUGAAGAAUAAUUAAAACAAAAUUAUGGUGAUCAGAACUACAC